AUGUCGAUCUAUGCACUCGCGAAGUACUUUUACGUACUGAAGUACGCAAAUCCUGGAACAAUCACUGAUAUCAAAACCGAACUUGAUAAAGAAGGGAAAACGAGGUUCAAGUAUGCAUUCAUGUCACUGAAGGCUUGUAUCGAUGGGUGGAAGCAUUUACGGAAAGUCCUUGUGGUGGACGGAACCCACAUGUUUGGGAAAUACAAAGGGGUUUUGCUUAGUGCUAGCGGCCAAGACGCAGACUACCGCGCAUUCCCUAUUGCUUUCGCAGUAGUUGAUAGCGAGAACUCGGAUUCUUGGAAGUGGUUUUUCGAAAGAUGCGCCGCAAUAUUUGCAGCUAAAGAUAGAUGGUAUCCGCGUGCACACCAUGGUAUUUGUCUUGAACACCUUAAGCGUAACGUAGGGGAAAAGUACAAAGGACUGCAGCAUAAUGAUAUGGUUCCCAGCGCCGGAGAGGCAUUCAAAGUUGCCGAGUUUGAAAAGCUCUAUGAGCUAAUAAAGCUUACGGAUUGGAGAUGUUGGAAUUAUUUGGAAAAAAUCGACCGCAAGUUAUGGACACAUUCACAUUUCGAAGGAAAGAGAUAUAAUCUGAUGACUUCAAAUAUAGCGGAAUCGUUGAAUCAUGCGCUGCUGCCAGCCCGUGAUAGUCCUAUAGUGGCACUGAUGGAGUUUAUUAGACGGAUGUUGACACGAUGGUUUGAGAGCAGGCGCUGCAAGAUAAAAUACCAUGUCAAAGAUACUUGGUCUGAAACAGUUAAGGGUAUCAUACUACCGGUUCCAAAUCCAGAGGAUAUCCAUAUUCCAGCAGAUAUACUAAAGCUCCAGCUGUUUCCACCAAUGACCAAAAGAACGAAGGGAAGGCCAGACAUUAAAACGAAACUAUCAGCCGGAGAGGUUCCGGAGGGGCCGAGAAAAAAGAAGAAGGCGAAUAAGUGUUCCAGGUGUUAUAAAGAAGGUCACAAGAAGACUACAUGCAGGGAACCUGUGCCCUGA